AUGUUUGUGGUUGUGCCGCAUGCACCGUCGUCGCUUUGGGGCUCCGUGGCCGUCUUCUGUCGUGGGCAUGAACUGCAUGUGUGGCCGCUGGAUGGCCUUGCUCUCCCGCCCUGGGCUCGGGCCAUGACCGGCGACGAUGUGGCCGAGCCUUCGGCGCUUGAUGCUCUGCUCGAUGACGUAGAUGCUCCGCUGACGGGGCUUUACGCUGUUCGUCCGCCACGGAGCGAGCACAAUCUCAUUGCUUGGAUCGCUGCCGAGCUUGCGGCUUGGUCUGACGACUGCCGCGCCGCCGUCUCCACUGCUGCUGCCGCUGCACGAUCCGGUGGCAGGAUCACAGACCGUACGCGGAGGCGCAAGGAAAAGAAAUCCAAGACAAGACGAAAGGGCCGCCGUCGUUGGCUUCGUCCUUGGUCGCGCCGCCCGCUGCUCGAGAGCUCGUCGAGCGGUGAGCUGGCCCAAGCGCCCAGCGACUCUUGCGGCAUCGAUCUGACCGACGGCGGCUUUGCCGCUUUCCGUCGCCGACUCAACAUGGUCCACUGGUCAGAGAUGCACCACAACGCGCUCGACUUUCCACGUGGCCUCGAGGUGGUUGUCGAGCCGAGGCUGGCCGCGGGCACGAGCAUGGCUAGCCUCGCCAUCUCUCCCAGCGCUACCAGUCUGACGGCUGGCUCCUACUACGAUCUGCCGAUGGCAUCCCCUGCGGAUAUGGCUCGGGCGCACUCGGUCCUGGGCCUCGAGCACAUCUCGCCCAUCAAGCUAGCCCCGAACCCGGCCGACACGUCGUCGUCGGCGGCGGCGUCGUCCGAAGCCGAUGAGCCCGAGAGCGAUGCCGAGAUUGAGGAGCCAGCGGCAGGCGUGUCGUGGCGCUCGACGUCUGGCUCGCGGAUGAUUGACUUAAUCUCUCUGUGA